AUGGUCCAUAAAGAGAAGUCUGAUUCUUCAAGCAAUACUUUAAAGUCAUUUUGGGCUGGUGGAUUUGGCGGAAUAUGUGCAGUUGCUGCUGGCUAUCCAUUUGACACGAUAAAAGUUCGUCUUCAAACAAUGCCACACGUUGGGCCUGGUGAAACGCCAAUAUACCGUGGUGCUUUUGAUUGCGCUGUCAAGACAAUAGGAAAAGAGGGUAUUGGUGGUCUGUACAAGGGGAUGCUUUUACCAUUACUGGGGGCAACUCCUUUGGCUGCCGUAUUUUUUUCCGGUUUCAGCUUGGGAAAGGAACUUCUUGUACAUGAUGCAAAGAAUAUUCAAAAGAAUGAAAUAUUUCUUGCGGGUAUGCUAUCUGGCGUAUUCACCACCGCCUUAAUGGCUCCGGGCGAGAGAGUUAAGUGUUUACUUCAGGUUCAGAAUCUUGGUUUGCAUCCUAAGUACAACGGUCCUGUCGAUGUUGUCAGGAGACUGUACCUUGAAGGUGGUGUUCGUAGCCUCUUCAAGGGUACUGCUGCUACACUCUUAAGAGAUAAUGCUAAUCUCGAUUCAAUUUUAACCCAUUCUUUGCACCUUUAUUUUGAUCCCAGAAAAUCGAAUCUUGGUGUUGCGCAGACUCUCUUCGCCGGAGGAAUGGCCGGUGUUUUCAAUUGGUUGGUCGCUAUUCCACCGGACGUGCUCAAAUCCCGACUUCAGAUAGCUCCUGAAGGCAAGUAUCCCCAAGGUAUACGGUCUGUUUUCAAGGAGCUGCUGACCAAGGAAGGUGUCUUCGCACUUUAUAAGGGCGCAGCUCCUGUCAUAAUUCGCGCUUUCCCGGCUAACGCAGCCUGCCUUCUCGGUUACGAAGUAGCCUUGCGAGUCCUCAAUUAUCUCUAG